AUGCAUUCAUUAUCUUCCUCGAAUCUAGGUCUAAAUACAAGUAUAACUGUAGCUGGAAUCUCAACCUCUAGUGGUAUGUCUUUAUCUGAGCUUCGCAGUCCUACAGCGCUUUUUAUCACACCCGAUGACAUCAUGUACAUCGCUGAUAAUGGAAAUAAUCGUAUUCUUAAAUGGCGGAUGGGAGAACCUCAUGGAAUUAUCGUAGCUGGCGGAUUUGGAUCUGGAUCAGCUCCCAAUCAAAUAUCAACCUGUUAUGGAAUUUACGUCGAUGCUCAGUCAAAUAUAUACGUAUCAGAUUAUGGAAAUCAUCGCGUCGUUAUCUGGAGUGCUGGAAACGCAACAAGUGGUCGACGGGUUUGUUCAUUAACACACUGA